AGCCGACGAGUUGAAUAAAUGUUUACGGCAUCACAGGGUAACAGUUCAAAGUAGUUUGUUCUUUUUUAACAUUGUACUUUCCAGCUUUCCAUUGCCUCAAACUUUGGUCGUUAUGAACGGCUAGCCAGUAGCCUGGCUCUGUGGUUGAGGUUGAGGCUAGGUAGCUAGCUAGCGACUAGCUCCGCCGUGAUGCGUUUAGAGAUUCCGCCCUGAUGCGUUUAGAGGUCUCAGGUCAGGUGGGGUGUUUAUGACAUCUAACUGAGGGCGAACGCUGACAUGGAAGGCUGCGAUGAGGAGGACUCGUUGGAAGUACCUGAGUUGCCUUUGGAGAUUGUAGUCUACAUUCUGAGCUUCCUCCGGACUUCAGACAGAAAGGAAGCGUCACUGGUCUGCCGCAGCUGGUACAUUGCAAGCCAGGAUUUGUGUUUUCAGAAAAAUGCCAUAUUUAGCUUUCCGGCUUCAGCCUCAUCCCUGGAGCUGGUCAGGAGUCUGGGGCGAAGGUCUCGCUGCAGCCUGAUCAUCAGCCAGCUUGAUGGAUUCAGCUUGUCCAGAUCUCUGCUGCUGGAGGUGGGUCUACGUGUUGGCUCCAAGCUGGACAGUUUAGCCCUGCCUGGCAGCAGUGUCACAGAGGCCUCGCUGCUCGCUCUCCUCCCUCGCCUCACGUCCCUCCGCAGGCUCGACUUAAGAGGCCUGGACAGCCUCUUCAUGUCUGGAGCGUUCCUCUCCAGGAAGGAACACAGACAGCAGGUCAAGUCUGCCUUGUCUAGCCUUGAAGAACUGGACCUGUCCGACCUGCGCUACCUCUCUGACCUCACCUUCAACCGCCUCACCAGCUGCACACCUCGCCUCCGUCGCCUCUCGCUGGCUGGCUGCCACAUCGCUUUUGAAUUUGACCCUUACCGCGGAUGCCCCGUGGGAACUGUCGAGGUUUCCUCGGCGCUCCUCUCGCUGAGGAACCUGCGGAAGUUGCUAACGGAGCAAAGCGCUACCCUCGUCGCUUUGGACCUCAGCAGAACCGCCAUCGCCCCCGAGUCCCUUCGCAGUAUCGCCCAGGUUGAAGGCGUGUCCUUGGAGGAGCUUUGUCUGCAAAGCUGCAAGGAGCUGACGGACUACUCGGUGGAAGUUCUGGUGAAGCACCAACCCGGCCUCCGGAAGCUGGACAUCAGCGGCUGCGCCGAGCUGACCGGCAGGGCCGUGGUGGCCGUGGCGCGAAGCCUGAGCUCGCUUACGCACCUCUCUUUGUCACGAGACUGGAAGGUCACCGAAACAGGCCUCGCCGACCUGGUGUCAGUCGCAUCCCUGAGGGGUCUGGAUCUAUCGGAGUGUCUUCACGUCGGUGGGGCGGAGAUGGUGAAAGGUUUGUCGCAAUGCCGUGGUGAGCGAGCACAGCUGGAGAAGCUCAACCUCAGGAGCUGCACUUACAUGCGGGAUGAGGCCGUUUUCUCCCUCGCUCAACUUCUCGGCACCACUCUACGUGAACUGGACCUGACCUCGUGCGUUAACGUGACGGACCUGUCGGUGCGUGCCGUCGCCACCUACCUGCAGGGCCUGGUGGUCCUGCGACUGGGCUGGUGUAAAGAGGUGACGGAUUGGGGCCUGCUGGGCAUGGUGGAGACGAGCACGUGCGAGCCGGACGAGGAGAAGGAGGACAAGGGCCCCAGGUUCACGCGCACCUUCGGGAACAUGGGCUUCUUCAAGCCUCCGCGUUUGCCCUUCGAGGAGCGUCCCAAGCUGGUGACGCCGGAUGACCUGGAGCAGUUCAAAGGGCAAGCGGGAGUGUCGCUGUUGGCCCUCGUGAGGCUGCGAGAGCUCAACUUGUCGUCCUGCUACAAGCUCACAGACAGCAGCAUCACGCGGCAUGUCCUCAUGAGGGUUGCAGGUGAGCUGCAGCCUAUGCCACCUUAGCAACCGGUUGCCAGCCAGUUCACAUUCACACAAUGGACAAUUUAGGUAUAUACCUGAAGAAAUGCCAACUUAAAGUUUGUUUGCACAUAGAAACCUCCAAAAUCUACUUUUUAAUACGGGGAUGUGCCAAAAAAUGGGAAUAUUGAGGGGAAGUCCAUUUAUUUCAAUAGUUUGGUUCAAAAAGUGAAACUUGAUGUUGUAUUAGUUCCCCACAAACAAAGUGAAAUAUUUCAAGCUUGUAUUUGGUUCAGUUUUGAUGAUUAUGACACAAAGACCAAAAUCUAAACAAAUCCAGUAUUUCAUGUGACCACCCAAAAAAGGAUCUUAAACACAGAAAUGUUGGCCUUCUGAAAAGUGUAUUCAAGUAAUAUGCCCUCAAUGCUUUGUUGGGCCUCCUUUUGGAUUAAUGACAGCGUCAAGGCGGCAUAGCAUGGAGGUGCUCAGCCUUUGGCGCAGUUCAGAUGCCCAAGUUGCUUUGAUAUUGGCCUGCAGAUUGUCUGCAUUUCUCAUCUUCUCAGGUCCACGCCAGGCGGGUUUGCUGGCCAAUCGAGUACCGUUAUUCCACGGCUACUAAACCAGGUAUUGGCAGUUUUGGCUUUGUGGGCCGGUGCCAAAUCGUGCUGGAAGAUAAAACCGUCGGCUCCGAAAAGCUCGUCGGCAGUGCUCUAAAAUGUCCUGGGAGACAGCCGCGUUGACAAAAGAGACCGGAACCACACCAGCAAAUGUCACGGCUCCCCGAACCUUUACUGACUGUGGAAACUUCACACUGGACUUUCAGCAGCUUGACCAUUUGUGCUUCUUCAGUUUUCCUCCAGACUCUGGGACCUUGAUUUCCAAAUGAAAUGCAAAAUUGACUUUCAUCUGAGAAGAGGACUCGGGACCACCGGGCUACGGCCCAGUACGGACGCUUCUGACGUCGUUUUUGGUUCUGGAGCGGCUCGACACACGUAAUACUACAGCUGUAGCCCGUGUCGCGCGGACGUCUGUUUGCGCUGCUUCUCGAUGCACCGAUACCGGCCUCGGUCCGCUCCUCACGAAGCGCCGGCGGAUUUCGUAAUCGGCCGUUGCUUGACAACGCUCUCGAGGCUGCAGUCAUCCUUGUGACUUGUGGCCCUUUUCCCCUUCCUCUUAACACUCUGUGCUAAUGUACUUCGAUGCAGCGCUCUGUGAGCAUCCAGCUUCGUUUGCAAUUUCUUUAUGCGACCUUUUCUCCUUAUGGAGUGUGUCAAGGAUGGCUUUCUGCACGAGCGCCAAGUCAGCAGUCUUCGCCAUGAUUCUCAAGCCUACUAAGCCAGACUGAGACCAUUUCAAGGCUGAGGAAAACCUCGGCAGGCAUUUUGCCGUCAUGACAGUAGCUGACAAGAGUCAUGAGAAUCUAAGUUUGGGAAAUACUGGAUUUGUUUAUUUAUGUAUAUAUAUGUUCUGUCUUUCCGCCAUAAUCAUCAAAAUUGAAAUGAAUAAAGGCUUGAAACUAAUAUACUAAUAUAACAUACAAGUUUCACUUUUCGAAGCAAAUUAUUGAAAUAAAUGUACUUUCCCUCGAUAUUCUAAUUUCUUUUCAUUCUCAGUACCACUCCCCCCACCCCCGCCCCCCUCAUAUUGCUAAUACAGCAGAAACAAAAACAAAUAUAAUAAGCAAGCGUAAUGGGCAGUACCAGACUAAGUUCCUUUUUGUAGGGACACCCUGUACCGUCGGUGUUUCAAGCCCAUCGGCACCCCAAACAUUCGAGGUGGUUUUCUUUUUUCUUUUUUCUUUUCAAGCCAGAACAGGUUGCAAUAUUGCAACAGCAAAAAUAGACUACGUCAAGAAUACAGCUGCCUCAAAAGUGGUUUGUUCCACCCAAUCUCUCCCACCUCCCCCCUCGGUUCUGCCUUCACAGAGCAGUACGGUUGCCCCUGCCGUGUCCUAUGGAGAUGGAUUCAUUGUUUGCGUGUUACAUGCGCAGGUGGUGCGCUUCACAGACCUCCAA